CGUAGGCAGGUUACAUAAGGCAAGAGAACAAUAAAGAUACAAAAUGUCAGAACAAAUCAAAGUGAAUGGUCUUUCAGAACUCUUAUCAAAACUUGAUAGCCUAAAAGAUAAAAAUGAUGUGUUUAUAUUAUUUACAGGAUCAAAGGAUGCCUCUGGCCAUAGCUGGUGCCCAGAUUGCAAUGAUGCUGAUCCAGUCAUAAUGAAGAGUUUACCAAAUGCUGCAGAUGGUUCAGUAUUUAUUUCAUGCAAUGUUGGUGACAGACCUGUAUGGAAGAAUCCUGAGAACGAGUUCAGAAAACAUCCACAAUUUAAAUUGACGGGUAUUCCCACUUUGAUCAAAUGGAAAACAGCUAACCGUCUUGGUCCAGAUGAUUGCAAGAAACAAGAUUUAGUGGAUAUGGUUUUUGAGGAAUAAUCAAGACAUUUUUUAAUACUAUAAAUCAAAUCAUUUGAUAUUAUUGGUAAAAUAGAAAUAUAUACAAUGUAAUAGAAGAACAAAUAAAUUAUUUUAUUGCUC